CGAAGCGCUGCCCCCCAGCCUCAGCCGCCAUGCCCCUGGCCCGCAGCGUCUCCGUCACCUCCCUGACGGGGCUGGAGGACUGGGAGGAUGAGAUCGACCUGGAGAACUCCGUCCUCUUCGAGGUGGCCUGGGAGGUGGCCAACAAAGUGGGGGGUAUCUACACGGUGCUGCAGACCAAGGCCAAGAUCACGUCGGACGAGUGGGGGGAGAAUUACUUCCUGAUGGGGCCCUACCUGGAGCAGAACGUGCGCACCCAGGUGGAGCUGAUCGACCCGCCCCACCCGGCCGUGCGACGCACCAUCGACUCCAUGAACGCCAAGGGCUGCAAGGUGAGAGCCGGGUCGGGGGAGCCGGGGCGCCAGCCACUGCGAGUGGAGAGCCCCCCCCCCCCCGGCAAAGUGACAGCCAGGGGUGUUCGGGGGCCUCCUUGUGAUUCGUGGGGGGGCGGGGACUGAUGUGACCCUGCUGCUCCCCAUGGUCCAAGGGGGGCCCCACCCACUUCCUCUACCUCUACGUUGGGGUCCCCCUCUUCUGACCAGAACGAUUCCUGCACCUGUCUCCCAGAACCAGGAGAGAACCCAGGAGUCCUGGCUCCCAGCCCCCCUGCUCUGACCACUAGACCCCGCUCCCC